AUGGCACUCCAACCAGUUUCAGAUGAUCCAAUCAAAACCAAAACAUCUAAACAUGUGAUAGAUACAGACGAAGUUUCUAACCUAAAACGACAACGUCACAAUAAUGUUACGCUAUUUUCAGAUGAUGAAAUUGAAGCAUCUUCUUACAAAGGAAAAUCUAAAGAAAAUAUUUACGAUCUUGAUGAUAUUGUAAGACGAGUGGAAAACAAGGCCAAGAGCCAGAAACUAAAAAAUAAUCGUAUAUUCUCUGUUCUUGUUAAGGAUGAAAAAGCAAUUCUCAGAGAGAAUUGGAUCAAAGCGAUCAUGUUCAUGAUUGAGGAGUCAUGCAAGACUCUCGUAUCUGUGAUUGAUAACCCAGAAAGGGUAGCAGGAAAUGCUAACAAUGAACUUGAUGCGGGUACCGGCAAAACACGAGUCCUAAAAUUCAUCAUCGCGCAUUACUAUCUUGUUCAUAAUAUCAAGAUCGAGGUUACCGCAUCUACUGGUAAAGCUGCUCUAGAAUUAAAAUCCUCUGGUAAUGCUGACAAGAAAUAUCAAACAUGGUUAAGAGAAAUAGGUGCAUUGAUCAUCGAUGAAUGUUCGAUGAUCAACAGUGAACUUCUCGAUUCGAUCGUGCAUCUUUUCAAGAGUGCUGGAGAUAGUGUGUUUUUGAAUACACACUUCAUCAUCUCUGGAGAUUUUUUUCAGCUUCCACCGGUAUCCGGAGGUUUGUGUUUCUUGAACGAGAAUUACCAUGAUGACAAUAUUCUCUUGCGAGAUUCCUGGAAAUCGAUGAAUUUCAUCUAUGUUGGAUUGAGAGAAAUAUUCAGACAGGAGGAUCCAGAGUUCAAAUGCCAUUGCACCAAUCUACGAUACGGAUUCUUUAACGAGACCACGUAUCGAUAUUUCAAGAAUUGCACCUAUCUCAAGGAGGAUGCGAUCCGUCUCUUCUCUCAAAAAAGAUUUCGUGAUAUGUAUAACAAUUCUCGUUUGAACAAAUUACCAGGAAAUGAUAUCAUUAUCCGUGGAUUUGACACAUCCGAUUAUAUCAAGGAGAUUCAUGAGAAGAAUCCAUCCCUGCGAACGCUCAAUGACAUGGAAAAGAGCACCAACCCGGUCAUCAAGGAUUUGCUCAAGAAACACAAAAACAUCGAGUGUAUAUUCAUGAAUCAUACCCAAUCAGAAUAUGAGGUUCGUCUGCGUUUGAAUUGCCGUGUGUUAGUGAUACAAAAUUACUCAGACGAAGUCGUGAAUGGAUCAUCAGGUACAUUUGUUGGCUGGAGCGCAAGAUCUUUGUCCGAUGAUGAAAAGCUUCGUGAGAACGUGGGUUGCAAUGUCAGAAAAAAAUAUCGUGAGCUUGAUGAGAAGAAUGAUGAGAGGUACUAUGAUCAUGAUAUGAUAAUUCGUCUCGAUGACACAAACAAAGAGGUUCUGGUUGGCAUGUGCGAGAUGUCCGAGGAGGAUAAUUACGAGAAAAAAUACACACGUAAACAAUUUCCGAUCAUCCUAUCAUACGCGCUGACCAUUCACAAAUCCCAGGGCACGACUUUAAAACGUGUGGUUGUUGAUACACGUGGAUGCACCCAGAAACUUGCAUACACAGCAGUAUCACGUGUUAUCUCUCGUGAUUCACUCGGAAUUCUAAAUCUCACUGCUGCCACGGCCAAACGCUUGUCAGAACCUGUGAAGGAAGAUCAUGUGGUAAAAGAAUUUUAUAGUCAUUAUGUGGGUAUUGAUAUUCCUAAACAACCCCUAACUUAUCCAUAA